GGCAGUGGUGAGCGAGAGCCGAGCCGGGAGGGACGUGCCGCGUCGGGAGCCGCCCGUGCCGUGCCGUGACGCGCUGUGACGUGACGCGCCGUGUGACUGUGAUGUGAGAGAGGCCCGCCGCCAUGCCGUUCCUACCGAGCGGCGGUCUGUUCUGGGAGAAACGCUCCAACUUCAGCCUGAAUCUCAAUGGCGGCGGCAAGUCGAGCAAGUACUAUGACUCGAAGAGCGCCAGCCUGGACAAAGUGCGCAGCGUGUCGGCUCACGAUCUGGGUGCCGAGCUGAACUACAUCCCGUACGGACGGGGCGGCGGGGCGCCGAACCGACACAGCUCAUACCUGGACGUGCGCGGUCCGGCUGCUCGUGACCCGCGCGACGCCCGCGGCCCGCCCGGACCGCCCGGGGGGUCGGCGGGUCGCGGCCGCGGCGGUCCCGGCCCGUACCUGGCACCCUACUGCACCGGCUGGGAGCAGUGGAGCUCGCCGCGUCCCGGCCAGCCCGCCACCUCCUCCCGGAAAAUCGACCCCGAGCGGAUAUUUACCAAACAAGAACGGAUAGGCAAGGGGUCGUUUGGAGAGGUGUUCAAAGGCAUCGACAACCGGACACAGCAGGUUGUAGCCAUCAAGAUAAUUGAUCUGGAGGAGGCCGAGGAUGAGAUUGAGGACAUCCAGCAGGAGAUCAUGGUGUUGUCACAGUGUGACUCGCCGUACGUCACCAAGUACUACGGCUCCUUCCUCAAGGGCACCAAGCUGUGGAUCAUCAUGGAGUACCUGGGCGGCGGCUCUGCCCUGGACCUGAUGAAGGCGGGCAGCUUCGAGGAGAUCCACAUCUCCAUCAUCCUCCGGGAGGUCAUCAAGGGCCUCGACUACCUCCACUCUGAGCGCAAACUGCACAGGGACAUCAAAGCGGCGAACGUCCUGCUCUCCGAGAUGGGCGACGUCAAGCUGGCCGAUUUCGGCGUGGCCGGACAGCUCACCAACACGACCAGCAAGCGACAGACGUUUGUCGGCACGCCCUUCUGGAUGGCGCCAGAGGUCAUCAAACAGUCGGCGUAUGACUCCAAGGCGGACAUCUGGUCACUGGGAAUCACUGCCAUCGAGCUGGCCAAGGGCGAGCCGCCCAACUCUGACCUGCACCCGAUGCGCGUGCUCUUCCUGAUCCCCAAGAACAGCCCGCCGCAGCUGCAGGGAUCGUUCACACGCCAGUUCAAGGAGUUUGUCGAGGCCUGUCUCAACAAGGACCCUGAGAACAGGCCAACGGCCAAGGAGCUGCUCCGACUGCCCUUCAUCCGAAAGGCCAAGAAGACCUCGUACCUGAUCGACCUCAUUGACCGCCACAAGAAGUUCAAGAUGACCAAACAGGAUGACUCGGACAGCAGUGAGGAGACCGACUCGGAGGGCUCGCGGAACGACUCGGACCUAGACGAGCCGUGGGUGCCCACCAUCCGGGGGCCGUCCUCGGGCCGGCGCGCCGCCGAGCCCGACUCAGGCGGCCUGGACAACAGCGGCGGCGACGACCAGGACGUCGACAGCAUGAACCACAACAACCGAAUACCGUCCCAGGUCAUCACACAGCUUCAGAACGGCUCCAGCGCGCCGGACCUGUCCUCCAUGUCGUCGGUCUCGUCGUCGGUGACGGUGCCGGCGCCGCGCUCCCCGGAGAAGGAGGCGCCCCUGCCGCGGAGUCCAACGCGGCCCACAGCGGCCGCGCCGCCGCCGCCCGAGCACCGGCGCUCGGUCGCCGAGCCGGUGGUGGAGCACCGGCGCUCGAGCACGGAGCCGCUGGUGGAGCACCGCGAGCGGCGCCGGUCGAGCGGCGACUCUCGGCUGUCGGAGCACCGCCGCUCGGCGCCGCCGGCCGAGCCCGCCGCCGAGCCGUCCCCCUCGGCGGCGGCGGCCAACAAGCGGCGCUCCACUGCCAGCCCCAGCAAGGUGGUGAUCCCGACGGGGCAGCAGCCGAACCGCAGCCGCACGCUCACCGGAGUCAUCCACCCGCUCAUGGCAGAGCUGCAGCGGCGACACCGGAACAGCUACCGGUCGCGGGACCCGUCCUCGCUGGCGCAGCGCACAGACGCCAUCGACGAGCUGCGCAACGCCUUCGAGCUGGCCGAGCGCAGCGCGCCAGGCAUCAGCGACCAGUUCGUGCAGCAGCUGCUGGUGAAGCUGGUGCCGAGUAUGGGCGAGUCGCGCCUGCGCGCUGCCAUGGAGCGGCUGGCGCGGUGAGCCGCCCGGCGCCCCGCCCGCCGCCCUCAGUGUUUGUGAUAGUGAUGUGCGCGGCCGGCCGCAGCGCCCACCGCCACGCCGUGUGUACAUACCAGGAGACUAUUUUGCCCAGUGGCGGAGCCAUGUGCCGUGUUGUUGGCCCCGCUCGCUGGGGCCGCGCUGCAUUCCUUGGCCGGCGCGCGCUCGCGCAGACUAGUCGCUGGCCGGCCGCCUCCGGCGCGCGCCCGCGCAGAAAUCAAAACCCCGGCCGCCGCCGCCGCUGCCGCCGGCUCGGGGGGUCUCAGCUGCAUCUCGAACAAACGGGCGGGGCCGCGCGGAGGCGGGCAGCGCGCGGGUCAGCCGGCCGGCCGGCCGGCGGUUCUCCCAGAGCGAGUCUGUUGUUGGGCCAUCGAGCGGCCCAGAGUCUAGUAUAUAUUUAUUGGAGGGACGCGCCUGUGUUCAGCCGGCGCAGCGUUGUUGAUCAUAGCGACAAUUAUGUGUGUAACAAUAUGUAUAUACUAAUAACAAUACAAUAUUUGAGCGCGCA